CUCCUAAGUCCACGCAUAAGAAACACGGAAAUCCCGCUUAGAGCGCUGGCUCACAUGGCACAGGUUAAGCGAGCAGGUCAACGGAAGCUGCAUAGGACAGGAGUUGUCAGUCUACUGAAAUACAGUAUAACAUAGGAAUACAGACUAUGAAGCGACACCGGACUGUGGCGUAGUGGCUUUGCCGACGAGACUUUGUGGAUCCAUGCGAGCCCUUGAUGUGUCUCAUCCUGUCAUAGCUUGCACGUCUCCCAGUUACCUGUAAUUGCUGUAUGUCUACUCUUCAGGACCGAAUGACAGCUUGCAGGACAGCUUGCGUAGCCUGCUCUGCAGAACGCUGGACAAUCUUCCUCUUGGUUGAUACAAAGAUUUAGCAUGAAGCCGUGUAUAUAAGUUUAAGGCCAGAGGCAAACGCGGGGCCAAGCCGAGCAAGAGGAUGGACGCCGAGCUUCUUAACCUGCGCGCGGCGCUGAACGAAAAGGACCUUGAACUGAUUGAACUACGAGAGCAGCAUGUACAUCUCGUGGCGCGGACCCAUGAAGCUAGGAAUAAUUGGGAGGCGGCCAUGUCCUCCAAGGACCGGGCCAUUCUGCAGCUCGAAGAGGCCCUGGCGUCGCGCCAGCGGGCGGUGGAGCAGCUGCUUGCCGCCACGAGCCACACGGCGGACGUUGACCAGGAGCUACAGGAGAAAACCGCACAGGUUCAAGCGCUAGAAAAAGUACUGGGGGACGCGCGCGCAAAGAUCAGCUCGUUAAAGGCCACGGUGGCGGAUCAGAAGCGGCAGCUGGACGCGGUGCAUAUGCAGCUGCAGGCGCGGGGGCACGAGGACGCACGGCUGGAGCAGCUGCGAGUGCAGCUCACGUCGGCUUUCCAGGAGGAGCUGCGUGUGGCGCAGCAGCGUGGUGACAUGCACGAGGAGCUGGCACGGGGCCUGACCGCCGAGGUCAUCAAGCUCAAGGAGCUGCUGGCGCGGCGGGAGCAGGAGCUGCGGGACAUGCAGGAGCGCCAGGCGCAAGCCAAGCACCAGGUGGUACGGCUGCAGCGGGAGGUGUCCAGGCAGCGGCUGUCCCCGGGGCUGGACGAUGAGGAGGGCGAUGAUGACGUGUGGGCUGAGGACCGCGGCGUCCACGCCACCACGCGUGCCGUAGCCUCGCGGCGGAGCAGCGCGGGCGGCGGUAGCGGUGGCACACCGCUGGGCGCCCUGCCGUCUUCGCGGCGCCUCACAGCCGAUGACUCGGACCUGCAGCGGGUCUACGCAGAGCUGGAUGAGCUGCGGCGCCAGCGGCAGGCACCUGGGGUCGGUGCCGGCGCGGCUCCACUGGCCCCGCCUCAGCUACCGCCCAUGGCGCCUGGCGCACAGCAGCCUGGCCCCGGGCCAGCUGCAGCAGGGGCUCGCGCCUCGCCUCACUCGGACCCAGUAGCCGUGCAUCAGUACCAGCAGCACCAGCAGCUUCUGCUGGAUCAGAUGGCGGCGCAGCAGCGCCAACACGAGGCCGCCACGUCCACCAUGCGGCUGCAGCUGGAGGCGCUGCAGCAGCAGCUCGCGGGCGUGGCCGCCAAGCUCCAGACGCGGGAUGCGCAGGCAAAGAAGUACAAGGAGGCCGUGAGGCUCCUCAAGACCCAACUCGCUACCUCGGAGGCAACCGUGUUGGACCGCCAGGCCAAGAUCACAGAGCUGCAUGAGGAGCUGUCGGCACUGAACCGGAUGCUCAAAGACGCGCCGCCCGCGCCCCCACCUGUGCCGCCAGCGGCCUCCGCUGCCGCCGCGGCCGCCGCCGCGGCCGCGGAAGCUUCCGCCGAAGAGGCAGCAGCACUGGCAGAGGAGGUUGCGUCGCUGCGGCAACAGCUGUCAGAGCAGGAUGCCCUGCUGGUCUCCCUAAGGCGUGACUUAGCAGACCGAGAGGCGUUGCGGCUGGAGGCUGUGGAAAGGGCGAUGGAGGCGGUGCGGAGGGCGGGCGCAGCGGAUGAGGCGGCGGCUCGGGCGGCAGCGCAGUUGCGGGAGGCGAUGGACAAAGUGGCGGCGCUAGACGCGCAGCAGGCCGCCGCUGUAACCGCGACCGCAGCUGCUGCUAACGCGGUUGCGGCUGCGGCCAAAGCGACAGAGGCGGAACCCAGGCGGCCCGGCGACGUCGAGGCACAUGCUCGCGACGCCGAGUCCCGGCUGUCGGAGGCGCUGCGCGCAGCCGAGCAGGCACGUGUUCGCCAGUUGGAUGCACAGAAGCGGGCAGACGACCUGGCCAGGCAGGUCAGUGGCCUGGAGUCGCGGCUGGAGGAGGGCGACCGCAAGCUGGGCGAGGCGCGGCGGGCGGUGGAGCGCGCCGAGCAGCGGGCGGACCGGGCGGAGCGCAGCCUGCGCGACGUGGAGACGCAGCUUGUGGACGCCGAGAGGCGUGCCAACCAGGCCGAGUCCUACAGCGCCACCCUGGAGCGGCGGCUGCGGGACAGUGAGGGCCGGCUGACGGACGUGGACCGGCACGCCAAGGACGCGGACUCUCGCGCGGUGGACGCUGAGAUGCGCAUGAAGGCCACUGAGGCCCGGGCCCUGGACGCGGAGAAGCGCAGCCUGGACUGUGAAUCGCGUCUGGCGGUGAGCGAGCGGCGUUUGCGCGAGGCAGAGAAUCAAGUGACGGAGCUGACGCACCGCUGGCGCGACUGCGAGCGCCAGAAGCAGGAGGCGGAGCUGCAGGCGCGGGCGGCGGAGGCGAGCGCAAAGCAGGCCAAGAGCGACAAGGAUACGGAGGUGAUGUCGAUCACGCGGACCAUGGAGGCGAGGAGAAACCAGGAGGCACGCCAGCUACAAGACCUGCAGGUGACUCUGGAGCGCGUGACCCGCUCUCGGGACACGGCGGAGGCGCGCGUGCUGGAGCUGGAGUCCUCGCUGCGGGGGGCAGAACGCCUGGUGGCUUCCCUGCAAGCCGGGGCCAGUGCCGAAUCCAUCAAGGCGGUAUAUGAGGAGCGGGUGCGCGCGCUGGAGGAGGGCAUUGGGAGCCGCGAUCGCACGCUGGCGCAGCUGCGCGACAGCCUGCUCGCGGCUGACGUGGAGUACAAGAAGAGCCUGCAGGCGCUGGUUACCGAGGUGCAGGCCAAGACGGCGGCACUCCUGGAGGCGGAGCGGCGCUUUGCGGAGCUGGAGGGCGUCAUGCAGCGCAUGGUGGCGCGGGCCAGUGGCGCCGCGUGAUGGUGAACUGUUGGUGCUGGCGGGCGCCGUUCGGGGUGAGCGGGGGGGGGCGUGUGGAUGCAUGCCGUGUGGCUACAGGUACAUUGCAAGUGGGGGUGAGGUGCGCCGCAAUGCGCAAGCCUAGAAAUUGCUUGUCCGUUGUUCUGUGGAUACGAAGCUGCACUGCGUCGUACGGAGGAGAAUGGUCAAGUCCUGUUGCAGAACCCGUGCCGGUGUGUUCCUGGACCACGCACGGUGGCAUACUAAGAAACUAUCGUUCUGCACGUGUGCAUGCCUCGUAGUGCCGCGGCCUCACAUGUGCGGUGUGAAUGAAUGUGUGUAACCUCUCGACGAC